CAGAAAGCAUGAAAUGAGGAGAGCCAGAGGAUGGCUAUCCUCAGCAAACCAUAUUUAACGGUUAUAACGGUCUCAUUUGUUUAGCACAACUUCUCUCUCUCUCACUUUUCCAAGCUACAGUAAUAAACCAAUGGCAGUUCAAGCUAAAACCCUUUCCUCUCUUCACUCUCACCAUUUCCAAUUCCCUUUUCGCUCUCUAAAUACGCCUCCAUCAUCCAUUCUUCGAACGCGGGCCCGAAACUUCCCGAGAAAAUCUCUCAGGCUCACCUGCAGAUCCAAUGCCGAUGACGAAUAUUUGAUAGAUGCUCCGGUUUCUGCUGGAGAUGGCUUUUCAUUCAGCGGAGGGAAAUAUUCAGAUGAGCCUAGCCCAGCGGAUGAAUGGUUUAAGCAAGGAAAGAUAGUGAAAGCUCACCCUGUUAUGGGUUCUGGUGGGAAGGCAAAAGAUCCAAUAUUUGGACUUAAGAUGGGUGCUGGUUCUCAGGCCUCAGAUGAUGUUUUCAGAUGGUUUUGUGUUGAAAGUGGAAAUGCCAAUAACCCCACAGUCGUGUUAGUCCACGGUUUCCCUUCACAGGCAUAUUCAUAUCGCAAAGUUCUUCCCAUACUAUCCAAAAACUAUCAUGCAAUUGCUUUUGAUUGGCUAGGCUUUGGAUUUUCAGAUAAGCCUCAACCUGGAUAUGGAUUUGACUAUACUCUAGAUGAAUAUGUAUCUUCCUUGGACUCCCUUAUUAAUGAAAUUGCUACUGAUAAGGUCUCACUCGUUGUGCAGGGCUACUUUUCGCCAGUUGUUGUUAAAUAUGCUAGCAAGCAUCAGGAAAAACUUAAGGACCUUGUACUCCUUAAUCCUCCUCUAAUUGCCAGACAUGCCAAUCUUCCAUCAACAUUAUCUAUAUUCAGCAACUUCUUACUGGGUGAAAUUUUUUCUCAGGAUCCUUUAAGGGCCAGUGACAAAGCCUUGACAAGCUGUGGUCCUUAUCAAAUUAAGGAAGAUGAUGCAAUGGUAUAUAGAAGACCAUAUCUCACAUCUGGUUCUGCAGGAUUUGCGCUGAAUGCAAUCAGUAGGGCCAUGAAGAAGGAGCUAAAGGCCUAUGUGGAAGAGAUGAGAUCAAUACUUCUAGACAAAAACUGGAACGUUAAAACCACUGUGUGCUGGGGCCAGAGAGAUCGUUGGCUGAGCUACGAUGGAGUUGAAGAAUUCUGCAAGGAAUCAAAAUACAACCUGAUUGAGCUUCCCAUGGCCAUCAUGUACAGGAGGAUCGCGGUGAAGAACUUGGAGGAAUCAUUUCCGGAGUUCUUAGCAGGAGCUGAAGUUGAUGAUGCAACGAUAUACACGGACAUGUUAUAACUGUACAAGCCAAAUGAGCCGAGUUUAUUAAAUUGUAAGACCAAUGGUGAUUCUGUUCCUUUGGCAAGUUGAGUUGUCAAACUGUAAAACUGCCUUUUACCUUGUUAAACAUACACAAUGUGAAGUCCUUAUUAGCCUCAGGGCUUCAAUCCUAAGUUAGGAUGAGACAUUUUGGGGCCUCUAUUUCUUUCAAGUAUAAUUUCUGGUAGAGGUACUAGAGUGAAUGUAGGGAAGUGAUUUUGCAAACAACAAAUGGAAAAGACUUUGUUCCCGGAA